AUGGCGACGGUGGCCGACAAGGAGAACGCCGGGGCGGGCGGCCCCCGCGCCUUCAGCCCCACCGAGCUGCAGAACAUGCUGGGGACGUGCCUGAAGAUGGCCUCGGAGAACAAAAUCACGCCCCAGAACACCUGGGCGCUGGGCCUGAUCGACCAGCUGCCGGCGCUGAUCCGGGAGGAGGGCGGGCAGCAGACCAACUUCCAGCGCGCCAGCGUGACGCUGGACGCGGGCGUCAAAAUCUACUCGUACCGCGUCGACUCGGUGCACACCGACACCUUCAAGAUCCUGGGCGGCCUGGGGCGGGCCUCCAAGGACACCGAGGAUGAGGAGGUGGGCGAGCUGGGCGAUGGCGGGGUGGGCGAGGAGGCGGGCAGGCGGCGGCGCCGCACGCACGAGCUCAACCCUGAGGCCACCCUGGAGUCCUCCCUUGAGGCCCUCAACGUCAAGAAGUUCGACCUGGCGUUCACCGUGGACCCUCUGUUCCACAAAACAUCUGCCCAAUUCGAUGAGGGCGGCGCACGGGGCCUGCUGCUGAACAACCUGAGCGUGUUCCGGGGCUGCGACAUUGUGUUUGACUCCAUGGACGUGCCGGAAAAGGUGCUGGAUGGGGCGCAGCAGCUGGACCCUCGUGCCACGGUGGACCUGGGCGGCCUGCACCAGCAGCUGGCGGCGCUGCAGCUGGCGUCUGGCGCCGAGCGCAUCUCUCCAACGCUCGACGCCAUCCUGGAGCUGCUGGAUGAGUCGCCGGCGGAGGAGGCGGCGGCAGAGGCGGAGGAGUUUGUGGCACAGGUGGCUGCAGCCGCGAGCAGCAGCGGCGCAGGCGCCCCCACGCUGGCCCUGCCCUGGGCGCGGCGCGGCGAGGCGGCGUCUGCCCCGCUCCCCGAGGAGGGGGAUGCGCAGGCGGCGGAAGCCGAGGGCGGCGAGGGCGGCGAGCAGCAGGCUGGGGAGGCCAGCAUGGAGGGCGUUGUGGCAGAGUAUGCGCAUGCGGCGGCGCCAGAUCCAGCGGAUGCAGGCGAAGACUAUGGCUACGACGACGGCGGCGACUUUGGCGGCGGCUAUGACGAGUACUCGGAUGAGGAGGCGCAGCACUCGGCCAUGCCGGGCGGCGAGCAGGCGGCGGCAGAGGCAGAGGCGGGCGGCGCCGGCCAGGCUGCCGCCGCCGCCGCCGUGCAUACCGAGGUGCUGGGCGAGGAUGCGAUCCAGUGGCUGAUUGAGGCUGGCAGCAACAGCAUGGUGACGCGGGCCAAGGGGUGGGCGGGCGCCUCGCACUGGAAGUACCGCGCUGUACCGCAGCCGGUUGCCGAGGAGGAGGAGGGCGGCGAGGAGGGCGUGGCUCGGCCCAAGAAGCGGUCGACUGCCAGGCGCAAGAACGACCCCCUGGACUUUGUGGCGCUGAUGGAGCGGCAGGAGGCAGAGGCGCAGGCGCCCGACUUUGAGCUGAUGCCCCGGCGCGAGGCGGGGGCGGCCCGGCGGCCGCGCCGCGCCAAGCCCGCCGCCAAGACGCUGCUGCCCGAGGAUCACCACUACAAGGUGGAGAACCUCAACCGCUACGCGCUGCGCCCCCGCAACGCCAUCAUCGCCGCCCCCGGCGAGGCGGCAGCGGGCACGGCCGAGGCGGGUGCCGAGGGCGCCGCCGAGCAGCCGGCGUUUGACGACGCCGACGGCUUUGGCGACUUUGGAGGAGGCGGCUUUGAUGAUGACGACGACGAUGGCGGCGAGGGCGGCUACGACGGCGGCUGGGGCGACCUUGGGGACGCGUUCAGCGGGCUGGAGGGGAUGGAGGGCGAGCAUGCCGACAUGGUGCAGGCCACGCGCCGCGUGGAGCGUGUGGAGGUCAACUACAGCCGGGCAGCCAAGCAGGUGGAUAUGCGGUCGCUGAAGGAGCUGAUGUGGCACGGCAUGCACAGCGUGGAGGGCGUGCCGCCCAGCCCCGACACAGUGCUGCAGUUCCAGGAUGUGCUGAGCACGGUGCCGGAGCGCAACGCCGCCGGCAGGCUGGAAGACCUGUCUGUGCACCUGUGCUUCAUCUGUGUACUGCAUCUGGCCAACGAGCACGGCCUGGUGGUGCGGUCGGUGCCCCAGCUGGACCAGCUGCUCAUCUCAAACGUGCCGCCAGCGGAAGCGCAGUAG